AUGAUUUCAAAAUCUCCAGUCAAAUACGCCUUCAUUCCAACAGGAUAUACGGACACGCUAGAAUUCGACAUUCGUAAUACUCCGCCAGGCCAAGAGGCUACAUCUAUCUUUAAUACCUUCUACCUUAAAUUUCUUCGCACUCAUCUUCGGGUUACAUCAGAUAAGUGGCGGCCGAUUAAUUACCUAUUCUGGGUCACUCAGCCUUUCUACAAAUUCACCACUGCCCUCUCAAAGUCUGAAGAUUUGAAGAUUCAUACUGUUUUCAGUUUCCAUAAUCGCCUUUUUGAUCAUCUAGAGAACCGCAUUCGCCAGCUACAACGGAAGAAGAUCGAUCAGCUGAAAGGAAGCUCAGGGACUACUACACGAUUACUGGCCUUGAGGGUCUCAGAUAAUAAAGAAGACUUUGCUGCCCAACACAAACAAAGUCUCCAAGACCGAGUCAAACGCUAUGAGAAAGGUACUUAUAGCUCCCUCUUCCGAGCUGGAGAUAUACAAAGCGCGAAGCCUACGAUUAAGAUUGACCUACUACUCACUCAUGAUAGUCGGUCCGCUGUACCAGUCUCUGAGCUCACUCAGUAUUUUAAGAGUGUACUCGCAGCUCUCGCUAGACUUACCCUUUCUGUGCCAACUAUAGACGCAGGCGUAGGGCGUCUCUUUAACCCGGCGCGUGGUAUCUGCCAUUCUCGCCGUGGCUCAAUACAUCGACCACUCUUCAGGUUCUAA